AUGGACGACGGCGGCUUCGACGACCUCCUUGCAUCCUCUCGACAAGUCGCGAUGGAGAACCCUUUCGAGAACCCUUUCGCGAACCACAGAGCAGGGUCGCCGGACCCGUGGGCGACCUUUGGCACAGCUCAAUCCCCGUCUGCCCCGCAUGAGCCCGAAACGACUCAGCCAGACGUAUUCGGUGCCCGCAGCACCACUCCUACUCCCGACACACCCAGUUUCGGGAGCUCCAGAUUCCAGACUGAGUUAGAGCCACUCGAUGUCGCUGCGCACGUCGAACCUGAAUCGCCGUCACCGUCGUCGCCAUUUACUCUCUCUCCCGGCUUCCGCGAAAGCAUAUCUACCAUAGACGAAGCAAUCACGCCCACACCCGCAAAGCCACACCCUGUCAGAGAGUCCACGCCUCCGUCGUUGAUACCAGAGACUCCGCCCACUUCUCCACCAGCAUCGUCAUCCGCAAGUCAAUUCGCACCGGCCGACGCGUCUGUGCGCGUCCUGGGCCAUGCUACCCACUCUUCCACGACCUCUUCCAGCUCCCAUGCCUCUAAGCCAGAACCUGCAUUCCACACUCCGCUGGACCAGGCCCCGCGCUCCACGUUUGAACGCUCCUUCGCUGGGCUGUCCAUCGGUGGUGAGACGGUAGGUGGUUGGCAGGGCUCACAGAGCGCGUUCAUCAGCGGCUCGCGUUCCGCGACUCUGCCCCGUGCGCGGGGGAGCGUAUCGGAUGAUGACGAUGACGAUGACCGUCCAAUUCUGCAGUCUGCGCGGCUCAUGGGGGAGCGCAGCCAUCCUGCUUCUGCUGCGACAAGUCCUCUGCCUGUCACGUCUCGUGCGGAAAAUGGCUUACAACCCGUUUUCAUGAUCACGGUGGACGACCCACAACGCGUUGGGGACCCCAUACGGGCAUUUACGAUGUACACAGUGCAUACCAAGACGACUUACCCCCUCUUUAGCAAGUCCUCCUUCUCGGUGCUCCGCCGGUACUCUGACUUCCUUUGGCUCUACGAGACGCUCUCAAUGAACAACCCUGGCGUUGUCGUCCCGCCCGUGCCCGAGAAGAACCCAUUCGGCCGCUUCCACCAGGGCUUCGUUCAGCAGCGCCGUCUUGCGCUCGAGAAAUGUGUGCAGAAGAUUGCGAACCACCCGGUACUUCAGAAGGACCCUGACCUCCGCUUGUUCCUGGAAAGCGACACAUUCUCGCUUGAUAUCAAGCACCGUAAGGCUGAGAUGGCGCAUGAGAAGGGAGGUUUGAUGGCGUCCAUCGGACAGUCAAUUGCUGGCCCAAGGUUCCACGAGACAGACGAGUGGUUUGACAGACAGAAGGCGUACCUCGAUAGCCUGGAGACGCAGCUUCGCGGCCUGGUCAAGGCUAUCGAUGCGGUGACGAAGCAACGAACAGAGCUCGCUGCAGCGACUGCGGAGUUCGCCCAGACCAUUGCGGAUUUGUCGACCUCCGACGUAGGGAAACAGCUUUCUAACUCAUUUACCGGCCUCGCAGAGGUGGAGCGAAAGGCGCAGGACCUGCAGACCAUACAGUCGCAGGAAGAUAUGGUCACCAUCAUGAGCACAGUCGAUGAGUAUGCACGCCUGAUAAAUUCCGUGCGGAUGGCGUUCAGCUCCCGAGUGCGGACGUACCACGCGUGGCAGAACGCAGACAGCAACCUCAAGCGCGUCAAGCAAGCACACGAGAGCAACCGAGCGCAGGGCAAGCUGCCAACAGACCAGCUCAGCCGCUCCCUUGCUCUCGUAGCGGACGCGGAGAGGCGUGCGCUGGACGCGAAGCAGGAGUUUGACUCGGUAUCGCGGCUCGUGAAGUCGGAGGUGGCGCGCUUCGAGCACGAGCGGAUCGAGGACUUCAAGGAAUCAUUAGAGGGCUUCCUUGAAGGCAUGAUCUCGAGACAGAAACAGCUGAUUGCCGCAUGGGAGAGCUAUCAGCAAACGCUGCUGAAGAAGGUAGCGCCUCAACGAUUGCCGACUGAUUCGCCUGUAGCUGUAUCGUAG